CUACUCGAGGCUUGGUGAAUAUGGGAAAUACAUGCUUUCUUAAUGUGGUCAUCCAGGCUCUGACACACACUCCUGUCCUUCGUGACUUUCUGUUGGCUGAUCUGCAUCGUUGUGAAACUCCGGCUAGAUCUCGAAAUUGCCUCGCCUGUGAGAUGAUUCGGAUAACUCAAGAGAUCUAUCGGCCAGUUGUAAGUCCUUAUGUGCCCAGCAAUUUGCUUCAUUCAAUCUGGCUUCAUGCAAGUCACCUAGCAGGCUACGAACAACGAGAUGCCCAUGAAUUUCUCAUCACUCUUCUUACUUUGAUACACAGUCACCUUGUCGGAGAACAGCCGCUUGUAGAAGAGCAGCUGUUUAACAAUCAUGACCUUAAUUAG